GCACGGCGGGGACGGAGCGCGCGGAUUAUGUGUUUUUUCUGCUUCUUACAGCUGAUCUCCCGCAAAGCGCGCAGAUAAACUCCAGAGAUACGCGGGGAUCUGUGCCAGCGCUCCUCCGGUGCGGGAUGCCCGCGUCCUAGAGCGCGCGCGGCCGGGCGGGAUGGAGUCUCUGAACGGCAGCGGGAUGGACGCCUUCACGGUGGUGCAGCUCAACUCCUCCUGUGACGGCGGGUAUUCUCUGUCGGCGAUCGCGGGCAUCGCCGCUCUCGUGAGUUUCCUCAUCCUCUUCACCGUCGUGGGGAAUAUCCUGGUGGUGAUCGCGGUGCUCACGAGCAGGGCGCUCAAAGCCCCGCAGAACCUGUUCCUGGUGUCCCUGGCCACGGCGGACAUCCUGGUCGCCACUCUGGUCAUGCCGUUCUCUCUGGCCAACGAGCUCAUGGGCUACUGGUAUUUUGGGAAAGUUUGGUGCGGCAUCUACCUGGCGCUGGAUGUUCUGUUCUGCACCUCGUCCAUCGUGCACCUGUGCGCCAUCAGCCUGGACCGGUACUGGUCCGUCACGCAGGCGGUGGAGUACAACCUGAAGCGAACUCCGAGGCGCGUCAAGUGCAUCAUCCUGAUCGUGUGGCUCAUCUCCGCCUUCAUCUCCUCUCCCCCGCUCAUCUCCAUCGACGGCGGCCGCGACGCCGGCGCCCGGCCCCAGUGCCAGCUCAACGACGAGACCUGGUACAUCCUCUCCUCCAGCGUCGCCUCCUUCUUCGCCCCCUGCCUGAUCAUGAUCCUGGUCUACGUCCGGAUAUACCAGGUGGCCAAGACCAGGACCAGGACCAUGUCGGGGAAGAAGGCCGGGCCGGACGGCGCCACGCAGACCGAGAACGGGCCGGGCAGGGCCGCCUCCCCGUUCCACGGCCAGAGGGAGAACGGCCACUGCCAGUGUCCGCCCACGCCCAGCCAGCGCACGGCCACGGCGGGCCCGCAGACCGAGGACGCCGACCUGGAGGAGAGCUCCUCCUCGGAGGGCAAAGGUCACAAGCCCGAGCAGCAGGACUCGGAGAGAGCCAAGAGGGCGGGCCUAAAGAAGCACUCCAAGCAGUCGGCCCGGAUCUCCCGGGUCAGCAACAAGUCCAUGGACCUCUUCGCUUCCCGCAGGAAGCGGCGCCGGAGCUCCAUCGCCAGGAAGAAGGUCUCCCAGGCCCGGGAGAAGCGCUUCACCUUCGUGCUGGCGGUGGUCAUGGGGGUGUUCGUGGUGUGCUGGUUCCCCUUCUUCUUCAGCUACAGCCUGUACGGCGUGUGCAGGGAGUCCUGCAGGAUCCCCGAGCCGCUCUUCAAGUUCUUCUUCUGGAUCGGCUACUGCAACAGCUCCCUCAACCCCGCCAUCUACACCAUCUUCAACCGGGACUUCCGGCACGCCUUCCAGAAGAUCCUCUGCAGGUCCUGGAAGAAGUCCUUCUAGAUGUGAAGCCGAGCCGCUGCUGUCUCACUCAACAUAUCAGUGAUUUCUUUCUUUUUUGUCAUUAUUUAUAGAGGGACCCCGGUUGUGCUUGUUGAAGCCGUUUGCUUUGUUAAAGAUUCUCCCAAAAUACACAAAAUACACAGCUGAUUCAUCU